AUGCACUCCUAUAUCCGUCCUUAUCAACAUGUCGCCUUUCGGCUUCCGUCUGAUGCGACGAGAAUCAUCCACCUUAUACCCAAUACAGAGGUAUCCCUAGGAAAAUAUGGAAACUUUCCCUCGAACCAGAUCAUCGGACGCCCGUUCUACCUCACAUUCGAGAUCUUCGACAACCCCACCGAAGAAAACGGCAAUCGCUUGCGCAUCAUCACCGCAGCAGAGCUCCAUGCUGAAUCGUUAAUAACGGAGGGCUCAGGGGAGGCUGACGGAGAGGGCGACGAGCCGGAUGUGAGCGGCGAUGCCGAAACACCCAUGCGGACAAAUCGCGAAAUCGUCGACGAUACGUCUACCCAGAAAAUGACACUGCAGGAAAUCGAGGAAUUGAAGAAUGGAUCGAGCGAUGCCGGUAGAGAUAUCAUCGCGAAACUGCUCGAAUCGCACUCCGCUCUGGAUCAGAAGACCGCGUUCUCGCUCGCAAAGUAUACGCUGCGCAAACGGAGGAAAUAUAUGAAGCGGUUUACCGUGCUGCCGCUGGAUGUCAGUCUGCUCACAAAUUUUAUGAUUGAAGAGAAGGAUGCGGCCCGGACCAUGGAGUUGCGGGAUGAGUUGAUUGGUCUGAUCGGGUGCUGGGGUAAUGUACAUCACGGCGGGAAUGUGUCAAUUGGGCCAAAGCCCAAUGGUCGUUAUCUUGUUGUCGACGAGACAGGAGGUUUAAUCGUUGCGGCGAUGGCAGAGAGGAUGGGGAUCCUUUAUCCCCAUGACAAUGAAGACGAAGAGUCAGAGGGCGAACCCAGCGAAAAGCCGGCCGAAGCGACAUCAUCCGCCAAAGAACGUCCCAGCCAAAUGUCUGCAUCGGGGAAUACCAUCACCAUCCUCCACGCCCACACACAACCCAACCUAUCUCUCUUAAAAUACUUUGGCUACGACCAAGACAGCCCUGACGAAUCGCACCCUCUAUUCACCCACCUGAAAACCGUAUCUUGGAUGCAACUCGUCGACCCCUCGUCCGACCCCAUCUACGCAAACGAACCCGAAAUGAUCCCAGACGAGACAUUAGCCACCUACAAAGCCAACAAACGCGGCACAUAUUAUCGUAAGCGCAGCCGCUGGCAGCGCGUCCGGAACGUCGUCGACGAAGCCCGCGCCGGUGAAUACGACAGCCUCCUCGUCGCAACCCUAAUGGAACCCUCCAGCGUUCUGAAACACGCCGUCCCCUUACUCGCAGGUUCAGCACAAGUUGCCGUCUACUCGCCCACAAUCGAACCUCUAACGGAGCUAAUCGACCUCUACUCAACACCCAGACGAACAACAUUCAUCAACGCAAGACGGGAACUCAUCGAAGCAACCCAAAAACAAAACCAAGAGAACAACACCGACGAACCGGUUGACCUCUCUGACCUGGAGAGGGAGUUCAUCGUCGACCCGUCAUUGUUACUUGCACCCACUCUGGAAACGGCGCGUAUACGGCCGUGGCAGGUCCUUCCGGGACGCACACAUCCUAUGAUGUCUGGGCGUGGUGGUGCUGAAGGUUAUGUCUUUCAUGGUAUCCGGACGUUCCCGGCACAGUCGAAGAUUGAGGCUGCAGGGAACCCAAGCCGGAAGAAGAGGAAGGUAGAGGCGAAUCCCGUACCAUUGCCUGAGGUGGAUGUGGAGAUGAAGUCGUAA